GCAGUCGCUCGCUUCAAAAGAAUCGAAGCAAAGAUGGACUCCUGAGAGAUUUUUAUACACACACCAGAGAGAUCGUCGUCGAGAAGCUUCGGUAGUUAUUCCGCCGUUAAGUUCUCACCGAGGCGCGCCCGGAGGGCCGGACGUUCUUUUUAUGAUCACGCUUGCGGGGUGCGAACGAUGAUCGUGCAGGAGCCAGUGCAGGCGGCCAUAUGGCAUUGUUUAAAUCAUUAUGCUUAUCCAGAUGCUAUAUUCCUGGCAGAACGAUUGUGUGCAGAAGUGGAUACAGAGGAAAGUUUGUUUCUUUUGGCAACAUGUUACUACCGUUCUGGUCGGAUUAGGCAAGCUUACGCCUUAUUAUCUCAAAAGGCGCCUAGUUCGGCACAAUGUAGGUUUCUGCUAGCAAAAUGUUGUUACGAUCUGGAAAAAUACGCGGAAGCGGAGGCUGCGAUAAUUGGCGGUUAUUACAAGCAGCUGAAGAAUUUGGAAGAAAUAAUAACUCAGUUCGGGGAACAGGCAUGCUUUUCCCUGCAGAUAAUAGCGAAGAUUUACUAUAAAAUGAUGCGCACCGCGAGAGGUAACGAGGCGCACAAGCUGGCAUUGAAGUUGAACCCUUUCCUCUGGCACUCGUUCGAAGAGCUGUGCAACGUCGGCGAGAAGGUGGAUCCUGCCAAGGUUUUUCAGCUAGACAAACUAGAUUCGUUCGCCAUGUGCCACGGUACCGUGUCCACGCUCAGCUACGUCACCGAACCGGAUCUUAUCGUACCUGGAAAUAACGUCAACAAUACACCCAUGUCGAACGGCACUAACAUUACACCCGUGACGAUAGCGCCAACGCUGAUAAAUGGCGGCCAGAUGCCUCAGGUACGAUUGUGCUCCUCCAUGGAGGAGUCCCCGCAAAACGCGCCGAUUCACUACAGCAAUUGCUCCUCGAUAUCGCCGAAGACCAAACUGUCGCGUUAUCGCAGCAUGUUCAGCAAUUCCAUGAGUCCGCUCACGCCUAGCUUCGGCAUCCUGCCGCUGGAGAACAAUACACCCGAGCAGACGGUACCACCCUCGCACACGACACUCACGGAGGCCAACGACCAAAAGAGCCUGGCGAAGCGUGUCAGUAAUCUGAAAGCUCACGUGGGGCAAUUAAUGUCGAGAAAAGAAACACCGUUGCAGCAAGGCAAAUCGGUAUUUUCCCAGUCGGGCAAUACAAGCAAUACUGCCAAUAUUGUGACAGUGACGGCGGCCAAUCCGACCUCACCUCCGUCACCGACGUUCCAGGGCACCAAUGUUAGACGGUCGUCGCGACUCUUCAGCCACAAUUCCGUAAAAGAAAACAAUAAGUCGCCCAAUAGGAAUAAAUUUGCUACUCCGAAGUCUCCGUCUCGGAAGACGAAAGCGAGGCUAGCCAAGGCGAAUUUGAAUAAAGCCAACUUUAACGAGUUAAACGAGAGGAAUAGGAACGAAAAGGAGAAGAGCGAAACGAUCACGUCUGAGAAAGCUGUGGCUAACGCGAACGCACUCAACGCCCAGAAUAAUAAUAUUCAUUCUGGGAUAACAUUGCAAAAGCAGUCGGCAGAGGGGUUGAUGUCCUUGCUGCGAGAAUUAGGAACGGCGUAUCAGCACUUGAGUCAGUUCAAAUGCACGCAGGCGGUUGAAAUACUAAACAUACUGCCGACGCAGCACUAUAAUACGGGCUGGGUACUCUCUAUGCUGGCUCGUGCACAUUUCGAGAUGAUGGAUUAUAAGAAGGCCGCUAGUUAUUUCGCCGAAGUGCGACAGUUAGAGCCACAGAGGACAGAGCUGAUGGAGAUUUAUAGCACUGUUCUGUGGCAUCUGCACGCGGAAGUACAGUUGUCCACGCUCGCUCAAGAUCUGGUUUCCCAAGACCGUAAUUCGGCGGCGGCGUGGUGCGCCACGGGCAAUCUCUUCUCGGCGCAAACGGAACACGAAACUGCAAUCAAAUUUUUCCAAAGAGCCAUUCAGGUGGAUCCUAAUUUUCCAUACGCCUAUACAUUACUAGGACACGAGUACGUUUUGACUGAGGAGCUGGACAAAGCGAUCACCGCUUUUCGUAACGCCAUCAGACUCGAUCCCAGACAUUAUAAUGCAUGGUUCGGGCUAGGAACGAUAUUUUCGAAACAGGAGCAAUAUAGUUUAGCGGAGUUACACUUCAAACGGGCCUUACAAAUAAACCCGCAGAAUUCUGCGCUGAUGUGCCACAUAGGUGUCGUGCAGCACGCCCUGAAGAAGACCGACCAGGCGUUAAAGACACUGAACACCGCGCUAAUUAACGAUCCGGAUAAUACUUUAUGCAAAUUUCACCGUGCGAGCAUCAACUUCUCUAUUGGCCGACACAUGGAAGCUCUGAGAGAAUUUGAGGAGCUGAAGAACAUUAUACCCAAAGAAUCUCUAGUCUACUAUUCGAUAGGAAAGGUACAUAAAAAAUUAGGCAAUACCCAUCUUGCGUUAAUGUACUUCAGUUGGGCAACGGAUUUAGAUCCGAAGGGUGUUAAUAGUCAAAUUAAGGAGGCUAUACUGAGUCCGGGCCAAGGAGACGAUGACACCCCGCCGACGCAGUCAGACGAACAGCAAGCACAGAAUAAUUCAAUGGAGCAGGAUAUCGAAACCAGUAGAGAAGGAAGUGCCGCGCCACUUGCCGGAAACGUCUCGGUCGAGCCUCAUGCCGACGACAGCGACGAUAGUUUAUGAAAACGAUACGCGAGAAGAGUUUCGUGAAAAAGAGAUAUGGGACGUCAUUAUUCUCGGUAUUAGUCAUCCGAAUCGUUUUUCAUUCGCCGAUCUCGCUUGCAGAAUCGCUGAUGCGCGAUCAUUGAUUUAAAUUGAACGAUUGUCGACAUCUUUGCGAACGAUAUAAAUUCGAUUAAAGGGAUCCUGAAGUGACGGGAUUACUGACAUUAUA